AGGGCUGUCGGCAAGGCAGAGGAGCUGGUGAAAGCUCACCAGGAGUAUCAGUGGGACCUUCAUUCCUUUGAGGAGUGGCUGAAGGAGGAAGAAGAGAAGCUCAGCUGCUACACCCAACUUGAGGGAGAUGUGGACAUGUUGGAGGAUACCCUCCAAAAGCUGCAGGAACUGCAGCUACACUGCACAGAAGGCCAGGCUCUGCUGAACACCUUGUUGCUUAGCCGGGAACUGGUCGUCCCCUGGGGUCUGCCUCAGAUAGAGGACCGGGCACUGGAGACGCUCCAGCAGGAAUGGAGGCUCUAUCAGGCGCAGCUGGCAGACACCCGCGCUCAGCUGAACAGCGCCCUGGCCAAACUACGGCAGAUGGAGCAGAAGUUCCAGCGUCUCGACAGCUGGCUGAAAGGCAUGGAAACCAAAGCGCAGCUGCGCUCCAAUCGGCGGUCUGAUCGAGCCACGAAGAGCGCUCAGCUGCAGAUGGUGAAGAGCUGGCAGGAAGAAGUCCUUGUUUAUCAAGAGGAAAUGGAGGGCCUUACUCUUUUGGCUCAGCAGGUUCUGGAUGAAACCCACAUUAGCAGUCGGAUCAGUACCAGAGCCACCCAGAUCACAGCCCGCUACCAUGCCCUGCUCCUGCACUUACUGGAGACGAUCAAGCAGCUCCAGGAGGAGGUGUCUUCGAUUGAAGAAGCACAGUGUGUCUUCACCACGUUCUCAGAGUGGCUCAGCACAGCUCAGAAUAACUUCAGCACCGUAGCUAUUAGUGUUGAUGUAAUCGACCGCUUUGCUUUAGAAAGAAAGAUGAAGAAACUUGAGACUCUUCAGGGUGACAUGGAGCAGGGUCACACUUACCUGAAGGCGAUGAGGGAAAAGACUGAGCAGGCCAUGGCCUUCUUGGAGGAGCCUGAGGCAGAUCAUCUCAGGGAGGAAGUGGACAUUCAGCUCUUUCAGCUGGAGGAGUUAACGACUUCUCUACGCACAGAGCACAGCUCGCUUGAGAAAUACAUCUCACUCUCCAAGGACUUCAUGGAUAAAUACAAAACCCAAGCCCAGUGGGUGAAAGAGACAAAGAACUUUUUAGCGUCAAGUUUAGAACCAAAAGCCGAACUCUACCAGAAAAAAGCUCAGUUGGCAAAAUAUAAGACCAUUCAGCAGACGGUAGAGUCCCAUGAGCCAGCUGUGAAGUGCGUCGUUGAGAAAGGAGAGGCUCUCCUCAAUUCGUUUAGCGACCCGACCAUCAGCGAAAACAUGAAAAAGUUACAGGCUGAUUAUCAGGACCUUUGUUUGGCAGCCAAGACACAUGUGCAGAGCCUUGUGGAGUGGGUAAAAGAGCACGAAGAUUACAACAGCGAGCUGCAGGAAGUUGAAAAAUGGUUGUUACAGAUGUCCAGCAGGCUUGUGACCUCAGACUCCAUGCAAACUGGAAACAUGGAGAUGGCAACUCAGCAACUCGCCCGACACAAGGCCAUGAUGGAGGAAAUAGCCAGUUUUGAGGAACGCCUUACCAGCUUGAAGCAGAAAGGAGAAGGUCUUAUAGCCGGCUGCACAGAACAAGUUCAAGUUCAGGCUAAGAUUAGUCAGCAAGUCCAGGCCCACCUGCAGGGAACAAGAGACAGCUACUCUGCCAUCUGCAGCACUGCCCAGCGUGUCUACCAGAGUUUGGACCGGGAGUUGCAAAAAUAUGUCAGCCAUCAGGACACUCUGCAGCAAUGCCAAACCUGGCUCUUGACUGUGCAAGAAGAGCUUCAGCUCAACGAUCAGGGGCCCACCGGCCUUCAGGAAGCUCUGAAGCAGGUGAAGCACUACAGGGCUCUUCAGGAGCAAGCCAGCACAUACCUGGACCUGGUGUGUUCUGUGUGCGACCUCUCGCAUGACGCGGUGAGAGUUGCAGCUGCUGAGGUCCAGCAGAUCAAGCUCAUGAUAGAAGAAAGGAUGUCUACUGCCCAAGAGCUUUCAGAAAGCUGGAGGGAGAUCAAAGAGCAGAAACAGGAUCUAACAGGCUUGUUCCAGGACAUGGAGCAGCAGCUUCUCAGCCUCUCGAGAAGACCAGCAGAGCUGGAGACGAAGAUUGCUCAAAACAUGUUGUUACAAGCCCAGGAGUGCUGCCAGCAGCUGCAGUCCAAACAGAGCACCCUCACUAAAAUGACAGAGACCGUGAGCCGACUGAUCGGCAGCCAGGACACUGCAGAACACGCAGAGCUUGAUCGUCUGAGCCACGCUUGGCUUGAGCUCUGCCACCAGGCGAACAAGCUCCAGACCCAGAGAGAGGAGGAUCUGCAGAGAUCCAAAGAUUACCAUGACUGCAUCACUGCAGUGGAGGAGCUGUUUGAGCAGGUGUCCAAAGAGUGGGACAAUCUGGCAAGAACCGACGCUGAAAGUUCAUCUCAGCAUUUGGAGGCUCUAAGAAAACUCGCUGUGACUCUGGAGCAACAAAAAGGAGCCCUGGAGGACCUUAAAGAGCAGAAACAGAAAGUCAUCCAGCAUUUAAACUUGGACGACAAGGAGUUGGUGAAAGAGCAAAUCAGUCACUUCGAACAACGGUGGUCUCAGAUGCAACACCUGAUCGAAAGGAAGAUCCAGGACUCCACGGUGACCCUGGAGGACAUGGGCCAAGUGGAGGCCCGUCUGAGAGAGGCCCGGGACUGGGCGGAGGAGCAGCAGCCCGCCCUGUCCGAAGCCAUGAAAAUGAGCCCCCCGCCCGAACUGGCCCAGAGUUUCCUGUUCGACCACCUGAGCAUCUGCAGUGAGCUGGAGGCAAAGCAGCUCCUCCUGGCUCAGGCCAUGGCCGACGCCGACAGGGUGCUGCCGCGGCUGGGCCUCAGCGAGCGCCAGCACCUGCAGCAGCUGAUUUCCGACACGCAGUCGGAGGUGGAGUCUCUGAGCGUCAAGGUGGUGCAGCGGAGAAAACACCUCAGCAAGGCUUUUACAGAGAGGACGCAGUUCCUAAUGGCUGUCAGUCAGUCCAUUUCCUGGGUUCAGCAGAACGAGAAGAAGGCCCAGGCAGAAGAAUACAUCGCUUUGUUACCCGACGACCUGGCUAAGCAGGUGCGAACGUGCAGGAACAUCCAAAGCAGCCUGAAGGCCUAUCAGAGCGAGCUGACCUCCCUGUGGUCCCAGGGGAGAGACCUGAUGAGGGAAGCCAGCGACGAGGAGAGGAAUGAGAUUCUCACAAAGUUGCAGGAAUUACAAAAUAUCUUCGACAGAACUCUGCACAGAUGCGGCCAGAAGCUACAGGAGCUCGAAAAAGUACUCAUCUCGAGAAAGUACUUCAAGACCGACUUGGAGAAAAUCUGCCAGUGGUUGAAGCAAGCUGAUAUUAUCACGUUCCCCGAAAUAAACCUAAUGGUGGGAGACGGUGAACUGCAAGCGCAGCGAUCGAAGUACCAGCAGAUAAUCGAGCAGGCCGUCGAGUACGAGAACCUCCUCCUGAUUGUGCAGAGAGCAGGCCAAGAGAUCCUGCCCACUCUGAACGAAGUAGACCACUGCUAUUUGGACGAGAAACUCAACACCCUCCCUCAGCAGUACAACAGCAUACUAGCUCUGGCCAAAGAGAAACAGGAGAAAAUCCAGCAGGCCAUCCUCACCAGGAACGAGUACACGUCCUUCAUAGACGUCACCCACAAAGCCCUGAAAGAACUGGAGGACCAGUUCAACAACCUGGGGACUCAACCCGUCGGCCUUCAAACGGAGGAGGUCGUCAUUCUGCAGAGCGACUACAAAGCAAUUCUGGCGGAUCUCGGCAACCUGGGUCUGGCUGUGAGCGAGCUGAAUCAGAAGAAAGAGGGCUUUCGUAGCACGGGGCAACCGUGGCGGCCGGAAGAAAUGACUCAGCUCGUGAGCUUGUAUAACGGGCUAAAGAGGCUGGUGGAGCAGAAAGUCGAGCAUCUGGAUGAAACUCUGGAGUCUUUCGAGGACCACAAGGCGAUGGCUAUGCAGGUGGACUCCCAGUUGAAGGCCACAAAAGAGCAGCUGGUGAAAGUGAACGCAGAGACUCAGUCUGCAGAAGAGAGGCUGAAGAACUACCACGCCCUGGCGGGAAGCCUACAGAGCGCCAACUCCCACUUGUCGAGGCUAAUGGAGCAGAUGGACUCUCUAGCGCCCCGUGUGGACCAAGCGGCUCACGACGCGUCCAAAGAGCAGGUCGUUUUGUGGCAGGACGAGCUGCGAUCGCUCCAGGCCGCAGUGGGCGAACUGAUCGAGGAAUGCGAGAACAGGUUCAUCCAAAGCAAAGACUUUGAGACGGAGAUGAAGAGGACGCUGGACUGGCUGCAGCAGAUCCGGGACGAGCUCAGCUGUGCUGUCAUCGUUGACGUCAGAGUGGAGAAAGUGCAAGAGGAGAUCAGAAAGCAGCAGAUCUUGCAGGAGGAGGUGCAGUCCCGACUCAGAAUAGUGGCCGCUCUCAGCAGCCAGGAGAAGCAGGAGUACAUUAGUGCCAACGAGCUGGUCCCCGCUCAUGUUGAUAUGAGCCUCGAAGAAAUGGCAAAAUUGCAAGCAGACGUCCAAAAAGCCCUGAGUGCCAAACAGAUUACUUUGGAGGAAGCCUUGGUUCUGUGUCAGAAGUAUCACUUCAGGAUGCAGUCAGCCUGCGAAUGGCUGGAGGAUGCCGUCUCUUUCCUCCAACAAGCCAGCUUGGGAGUCGAUGUGGAGAACUACGAGGAGUGUCUGCGGCAGCAGGCGGACAUCAUGUCAACGGAGCAGGAGUUUCUCAUCCAUCUGGAGGAACUGCAGACGCUCCUCCCACAGCUGGAGAACCUGGUGAACCCCACAGCGAAAGAGCAGCUAAGAGUGAGCGUGGAGUCGGCGAAGCAGAGAGGAGUUGAGGUCCGAGAGCAGCUCCAGUGUCACCGAGAUGUUCUGCACAGCUGUGUGGCCCAGUGGAAGUCAUUCCAGGAAGCGAGGCAGACUGUCAUUGAAUUAAUGAACGAAGCCGAAAAGAAGCUCACAGAAUUUUCCACAGCCAAGGCGGCCACAAACCAGGAGGCCGAAGACAAGCUCUGUAGCCACAGGUCCCUGGUGUCACUUGUGAACGGGUUUCAAGAGAAACUGAGCGGUUUAGAAGAACAAGCUGCUCAGCUGGAGCUGGUGGGGAGUGACGCCAGCAAAGCCACCAUCAGUCGCUCCAUGACCACCGUGUGGCAGCGCUGGACGCGCCUGCGCAGCGUAGCGAGGGGACAGGAAAGAGUACUCGAGGACACGGCCCAGGAGUGGAGAACAUUCAGAGAAAAGAUGGUGAAAGUACGAGCGGUUUGUGAGGAGCUCCAGAGCCGUUUCCCUGACAGCGCUGUGGAGAAGGCGUCCAAAGCCACUCUGCAGUCUCUGCUGGAUCAGCACGACUUGCUGAGCCAAGACCUGGAGCGGGAACUCUCGUCCCUCAUGCUGCUGCGCCAGUACGCGCUCAGUCUUCUGCACGACGUGGAGGUGCCUUCACCAACAGCAGAUCAAGACGAGCUGCCUAGCUUAAGAGAAAUCAGGGCGGUCCAAGACCAAAUGGAAAGCCUUUUGACACAGUCCAGAACCAAGCGGGCCCAAGCAGCUCAGGAGCUCAGGGAAAGGGAGGAAGUGGAAAAGGAGCUUGGAGUGGUGAAAGCCUGGAUCCAGGAGACCAGAGAGCUUCUUCUCAAUCCCACCCCAGAUAUCGAUUCUCUGUUGCAGGAACUUGAGAUUGUACACGGGGAAGUAAUUAAUUACCGGCAGAACGUGGACAAGUUAGCCGAACAACAGCAGAGCAAGUACCUGGACCUUUACACCAUCCUCCCAUCUGAAAUCUCCAUGCAACUCGCCGAGGUCUCUCUUGCACUCGGGGCGAUUGAAGAUCAGGUUCUAUGUAAAGAGAGAGAAUAUCAGAGAACGAGAGAAAUAAAGGAGGACUUCGGCUCCAGAAUCCACGGCAUGUCAGACAAGCUGAAGACGAUCUCAAACAAGUUCAAGGAGAAAUCUCCUGAUGUCGAUCAUGCCAAAGAAGAGGUCAAGAGUCUUUUUGAAGAUUUGGACUCCUGCGGCCGCACAUUGUCAGAACUGGACACCGCUGUACAAGAGUUCGGCCGGAGAAACCCCCUGCUGGCCAAGCAGCUCAGUGAUGCUAUAAACAAGCUGUCAGAGAUGCAUCAUCAUACAACUCGAUUAGCAGACUGCAGGAACAACUGGCUCAAAAAGGCUGUCUGCUAUUUAGACGAGUAUAACGAGAUGCUGGACUUCAUAGUGAGGUGGUCAGAGAAAGCUAAGAGCCUGGUGAGAGCAAACAUCAUCUGGAACUCCUCUGUUCACCUGCAGGAGCAAAUACGGAUGUAUCAGGCGGUUUUCCGUGAGUCUCGAGAGCUCCACAGCGACCUGGAGUCUAUGGCAGAGAAAGUAGACCUUCUGUCUGAGGUGCUGCAGGUUGAGUCCAUGAGCCAGGAGGUGUGUGAACUCAGCAGACACACCGAUGAGCUGCAACAGAGCAUCAAGACUCGAUUGCAAAGCCUCCAAGACGGACACAAGAGUAUGGAAGCUCUGGAGUUUGAAGUCAAGGCCCUGCACGUUGCUCUGGAGCAGGUCCAAGCCACGCUGACGUCACCGGAGUUAGCCCGGCAGAGCCUCAAAGAGCAACUCAUUCAGAGACAGCGGCUACUGGCCGACAUGGAGAGCUUCAAGCAGCAGGUGCAGGCGGUGCAGCUGUGCCAGAGCGCCCUGCAGGUCCCAGAGGAGGUGAUGCCCAACCUGGCUAUUUGUCGCACGGCUCUCCGUCUGCAGCAAGAAGCUAGUCAGCUGCAGCAUGUGGCAAUACAGCAGUGCAACAUACUACAGGAGGCGGUGGUUCAGUAUGAGCAAUAUGAACAGGAGGUGAGAGAUCUGCAGGCGCUGAUAGAGGAAGCACAUCGGGUCAUUCAGGACCGACCGAUCCCCACCAGCAACAUUCAGGAGCUGCAAGCCCAGAUUCUGCACCAUGAGGAACUCGCUCAGCAGAUCAAAGGCUACCAGGAGCAAAUAGCUUCACUGAACUCAAAGUGUAAGAUGCUGGCGGUGAAGGCCAAGCAUGCCACCAUGCUGCUGACUGUGAGCGACGUGGAAGGACUGCCUGAGGGGCUGGAGGACCUGGAUGAAGAAAAGUCCAGGAAAUCUUCAGGACAAUCUGUAGUUAUGACGGCUGGCCGCUGUCACACUCUGUUGUCCCCGGUUACUGAGGAGUCUGGGGAGGAGGGCACCAACAGCGAGGUCUCCUCCUCUUCUUUGUGCCGCUCUCCUUCUCCUGUCUCUCACGCUGAAGGCCCUUUCACCAAGCUUGGACGUGGAACCCUCACCAGAGCUCCAGUUCAGGAAUUAUACGAUCCGACAUUUGAGUCUGUGGCAAACUUAGACGACCUGCAGCGCUCAUGGGAGACUUUAAAGAACGUGAUAAGUGAGAAGCAGAGAUCCUUGUAUGAGGCUCUGGAAAAACAGCAGCAUUACCAAGGUUCGCUCCAGUCGAUCUCCUCUAAAAUGGAAACACUGGAGUCCAAGCUCAGUGAGCCACUGGAGGUGGACAGAAGCCCAGACAGCAGCAUGAAGGCCCAUGAGGAUCUCAUCCAGGAGAUUCACAGUGUCCAGGGAGAAAUCGACAGGCUGCAGGCGGGCUUCACAGAGGACGUCGCUGCCGACGCCGUGGACUCGGAUUUGGCCGACCAGCUUGCCAUGCAGUCUUCACUCGCUGUGCUGGCUGAGCGGAUGGCCACCAUCCAAAUGAAAGCUUCAGGGAAACUACAACUACUUGAGGAGCGCGCCACAGACCGCCUGGAGGAUCAGCGUCAGGAAAAGGCUUUGCAGUCCUACCACACCGACGUAGACGAACUGGAUCAGUGGCUGACUAGAACGCGUGGCGCUGUAACGUGCAUCCUCGACACUAGACCCGCAGAGGAGGCCGAUGAAAACCACCAGCUCACUGAAUGCCAGAGCAUGCUGCUGGAGAUCGAAGAAAAAGUGCUGGCCCUCACCGAGCUGUCGGUGCGCAGCGAGAACCUGCUGCGGGAGGGCCGGGCCGACACCAGGGCGGAGGCCGAGCAGUUGGCCGCGAGGCUGCGCACGUUAAAGGGCGGCUUGCUGGAGCUGCAGAGAAUGCUGCAAGACAAACAGCUGAGCAUCCAGGGUUCUCUGCAAGAGCCUGAAGACAGCGAAUCAGACUCCAGUCUCUCGUCGAGUCCCAGUGUGCAGGACUGGCUGGUCCAAGCCCGGACCACACGGACGCAACAGCAUGAAGACAGUCUGCAGAGGCAGAAGGAACUGGAGGAGCAGCUUGCAGAGCAGAAGAAGCUUCUGCAGUCGGUGGCGAGCAGAGGAGAGGAAAUUCUCAUCCAGCAAGCGUCGCCCAGCAGCGCCAGCACGACAGAACCGUUCUCGCCUGCAGCUCUGUCUGAGAGCAGACGAGACCAGAUGAGGCAGAGAUGGGAGAGCCUCAGACUGGAGCUCAAAACUAAACUGCAGCUUCUGCAAAAAACUCUGGAGCAGGACCAAAAGCAGCCGGUGUUUUCUAGAGCGACUCGCGUGACAUCAUCUGGGCCGCUGUUUAAAGGAGAUACCCAGCCUGACAACUCCUCUCUGAAAACUCUCUACGACAGCUUCAGACAGACAGUGGAAGGAAUGACCACUCAGGCUGGAGGUAGAGGUGAAACCCAGGUGGUUCAGAUGGAGCAGCAGCUCUUCACGGCCGUGUCGACCACGUCUUCCUGGCUGGACGGAGUGGAGAACAACGUCUUCUCCGGCUCCAUGCUCAUGGCUGAAAAUGCAGAGACCCAGUUACAGAAUCAAGAGAUCCUGGAAAAAGAUGUGAAACACGUGACAGAAGAGGUGAAGCUCAGCCAGGCUCUGCUAGCUGGGUCUCCAGGGUUGAAACACGAAGACCGCGUGCUGCUGGAGGACAACCUGGACUGCCUCAAGGAGAGAUUAGGAACGCUUGGUGGAGCUCUGGGUCAGCGGCUUGACCACAUGAGGACCAGAGCACACAACCUCACCGCCUACCAGACUGAACUGCAGCUUCUCCAAACUGCUUUAAUUGAGACUAAAUGCCAGAUCCUUCAAGCCCUCGCUGGAGCAAUGGAUAGACCAGCUUCAAAACAAAUGGAGGUCAUCGCGAGUGCAGAGGACACGUUAAAGGACUUUGAGCAGAGAAUCAUAGAGCUGAAAACCAGAGGAGCAGCACUGCAGGCCGAUCAGAUUUCAGCAAACAAACUGCUUAAACUCCAGGAUUCGUACGAGGAGCUGUUGAUGACGGUGGGGUCGAGACGCAGUGGGCUGAACCAGAACAUCGCUCUGAAGGAGCAGUACGAGCGCGCGCUGCAGGAUUUGACUGACCUGGUCGACACAGCUAAAGACAAGAUGGCGGCCGACCAGAGAAUUGUGGCGAGCUCCGUGGAGGAGGUUCAAAAUCAUCUGGAUAAGCAUAAGGAGUUUUUCCAGGGUCUGGAGUCCCACAUGAUCCUAACAGAGACGUAUUUUAGAAAGAUCAGUUGCCUUAUGCUUCCCAAAGAAAACCAGAAACUGGAGGAAACGCUUGUUGAGGCUCGGAGUGUCCUGAAAGAAGCACACAGCAAAGGAGUUGAACUGGAAAGUAUCCUGGAGACUUGGUGCCGUUUAGUUCAGGACUACCAGAAUCUGAACCGGCAGCUGGAGGCCGUCGAAGGAAGCGUUCCCUCUGUCGGCCUGGUGGAAGAAACCGAAGAGAGAUUAAUGGACAGAAUCUCUUUGUAUCAGGGCUUAAAGGGGAGACUGACGGAGCACCAGCACAAGCUCCGCCAGGUGCUGGACGACGGCAGGCAUCUGUUACAGUCGGUCUGCUGCCCCGCGCUGGACAAUCAGCUGGCGUUGCUGGGAGAGCACUGGCUGAGCAACACGGCCAAAGUCAACAAGGAACUGGAACGCCUGGAGGCAAUCCUAAAACACUGGACCAGGUAUCAAAAGGAGUGUGUGGAGAUUAGUGAGUGGCUGCAAUCUGCUCUGGAGCGCCUGGAGUUCUGGAACACGCAGGCCAUGUUGGUCCCACAGGAGCUGGAGACGGUCAGGGACCAUCUGGCUGCUUUUCUGGAGUUCUCAAAAGAGGUGGAAGGGAAGUCGAGUCUGAAGAGCUCAGUCGUCUCAGAGGGAAACCAGCUGCUGCGGCUGAAGAAAGUGGACACAGUGGCUCUGCGCUCCGACUUGGCUCGCAUCGACAGCCAGUGGGCCGAGCUCCUCACGCGCAUCCCUGUGGUUCAAGAGAAACUGCACCAGAUCCAAAUGGAGAAGUUGGCCUCCCGCCAUGCUAUUUCUGAACUUUGUAACUGGAUUUCACUGAUGGAGAGUGUGAUUGAGGAGGAUGAAGAAAACCUCAAGAGCGCUGUUGGAUCGAAUGUGAUCCAAGACUACUUGCAAAAAUAUAAGGGAUUCAGAGUGGAUUUAACCUGCAAGCAGCUGACUGUGGACUUUGUCAACCAGUCAGUUCUGCAGAUCAGCGGUCAGGACGCCGAGAGCAAGCGCAGCGACAAAACCGACUUCGCUGAGCGUCUGGGAGCCAUGAACCGACGCUGGCAGAUCCUACAAGGCUGCAUCAACGAGAGGAUCCAGUUCCUCGAGAGCCUCUUAAAGAUGUGGCUGGAGUACGAGUCGAGUGUUCAGAUCCUCAAGUCCUGGAUGACGUCUCAAGAAGAACGGCUAAAGAGGAAACACAGGAUAGAAGAUUUGACGUCGGUGCAAAAUGCCCUCAAAGACUGUCAGGAAAUGGAAGAGCUGUUGAAGGAAAAAGAGAAAGAACUGGAGAGAGUAGAGGAGCAGGGCUGUGCUCUUGUUCAGAACAAGACAGAUGAGGCUUGUGCUAUCGUCAUGGAGACCCUCCAAAGCGUCAAUCACACCUGGGCCAACCUGGACCACUUGAUAGGACAACUAAAGAUUAGCCUGACCUCAGUGCUGGAUCAGUGGAGUCUGUACAAGCGGGCGUCAGAGGAAAUCAACGGCUUCCUGAUGGAAGGACGAUACUCUGUGUCCCGUUUCCGCCUCCUCACCGGUUCUCUAGAAGCCGUUCAGCUGCAAGUGCAAAGUUUGCAGGAUCUACAAGAAGAACUGGAGAAACAGGAAAGCAGUCUGAGAAAGUUUGGAGCUGUGACCCACCAACUUCUGAGGGAGUGUCACCCUUCAGUGUCGGAUUCCCUCAACAAUUCCCUCAAGGACGUCAAUGCAAGGUGGACCAGCCUACUGGAGGAGAUAGCGGAGCGUCUGAAGAGCAGCAAAGCCCUGCUUCAGCUGUGGCAGCGCUACAAGGAACUCCACGAGCAAAGCUGCAGCAGCAUUCAGCUCCAAGAGGAGAAAGCAGACCAGCUCCUGAAGAGCGCCUGCAGAAAGGACAUCGCUGAUGAGGAAGUUUCCAACUGGAUCCGGGAAUGCAGUGAGUUGCUGCGAUCACAGGCUCCAGUUCUGGCCUCCCUCCAGAUUCUCCAAGAGCUGGGAGAGCAGCUGAAGCAGCAGGUGGACACCUCGGCAGCCUCCGCUGUCCAGUCGGACCACCUCUCCCUCAGCCAGCGCCUGGUGGGCGUGGAGCAGGCCCUGAACAGACAGCUCACCGCCUUGCAGACUGGAGUUCAGGACUAUGAGACGUUUAAUAACCAGCUGGAGUCUUUGGGCUGCUGGUUAGUUGAAGCUGAGGACGCGUUGAGAGCUCAAGAUCCCAACGGCUGCACUGACCUGACCGUCAUCCAGGACCGCAUGGAGGAGCUCAAGAAGCUCAUGCUGAAGUUUAGCAGCAUGACGCCUGAAUUAGAGCAUCUGAACGAGCUCGGGUAUCGGCUCCCUCUCAACGACUUGGAGAUCAAGCGCAUGCAGAACCUCAACAGAAGCUGGUCGACGGCUUCGGCCCAGACCACAGAGAGAUUCAGCAAGCUUCAGUCAUUCCUGCUGCAGCAGCAGACCUUCCUUGAAAAAUGUGAAACAUGGAUGGACUUCCUGCUACAAACUGAAGACAACCUGGCUGUGGAGAUUUCUGGAAACUACCAGAGCUUAAUAGAUCAGCAAAAAGCCCAUGAGUUAUUCCAAGCUGAAAUGUUCAGCUGCCAGCAGAUCCUCCACUCGAUCAUCAGCGAUGGACAGAGGAUGUUGGAGCAAGGUCAAGUAGAUGACAGAGACGAGUUCAACAUGAAGCUGACUCUCCUGAGUAACCAGUGGCAAGGCGUGGUGCGCCGCGCUCAGCAGAGGCGGGGCAUCAUCGACGGUCUCAUCCGUCAGUGGCAGCGCUACAGAGAGAUGGUGGAGAAGCUGCGCAAAUGGCUUCUGGAGGUCUCCCACCCUGCAGAGGUGCUUCAGUCAGGAAACACCAUCCCCCUGCAACAAGCUCGCUCCAUGCUUGAUGCUGUCCAGCUGAAGGAAAAGGUGCUGCAGCGCCAGCAGGGCAGCUACAUCUUGACGAUAGAGGCCGGCAGACAGCUGCUCCUGUCUGCAGACGGUCGAGCCGAGGUCACCCUGCAGACGGAGCUGACGGAUGUCCAGGACAGGUGGAAACAAGCCAGCACGUGCCUGGAGGAGCAGAAGAAAGAGCUGAGCUCGCUUCUGAAGGACUGGGAAAGGUGUGAGAGGGGGAUUGGAGGAUCGCUUGAGAAACUCAGAGCCUUCAAGCGGCAGCUGUCUCAGCCUCUUCCUGAUCACCACGAAGAUCUCCAAGCCGAGCAGAUGCGCUGCAAGGAUUUGGAGAACACAUUCGAAGGCUGGACUGGAGAUUUGGCUCAUCUGACUCUGCUGAGAGAGUCUUUGUCUUGUUACAUCAGUGCAGAGGAUCUUUCUGUUCUGCAGGAGCGAAUUGAACUUCUGCAUCGGCAGUGGGAUGAAAUCUGCCACCAGCUUUCCCUGCGCAGGCAGCAGGUGAGCGAGAAGCUGAAUGAGUGGACCGUUUUCACCGAGAAGCACAAGGAGCUCUGUGAGUGGCUGACCAACAUGGAGAACAAGGUGGCCCAGAACGGAGACAUCAGCAUCGAGGAGAUGAUCGAGAAGCUCCGCAAGGAUUACCAGGAGGAGAUCACAGUCGCAGAGGAGAACAAGAAGCACUUGCAUCGGCUUGGAGAGCGCCUGGCUAAGGCCAGUCAUCAGACUAAAGCAGCUGAAAUCGAGCAAAAACUCAACAAAGUCAGCGACCGCUGGCAACACCUCCUGGAUCUCAUUGGAGCUCGAGUGAAGAAGCUGAAGGAAACUCUGGUCGCCGUGCAGCAGCUGGAUAAGAACAUGAACAGCCUGCGCUCUUGGCUCGCCCACAUCGAGGCGGAGCUUUCUAAACCCAUCGCCUACGACUCCUGCGACUUCCAGGAGAUUCAGAGGAAGCUCGAUCUGCAGCAGGAGCUUCAGCGUGACAUAGAGAAGCACAGCACCGGAGUGGCUUCAGUGCUGAAUUUAUGUGAGGUUCUUCUGCACGACUGUGACGCUUGUGCCACCGACGCGGAGUGCGACUCAAUCCAGCAGGCGACGCGGAGCCUCGAUCGCCGCUGGAGGAGCAUCUGUGCCUUGUCCAUGGAGAGGAGAUUAAAGAUCGAGGAGACAUGGCGCUUAUGGCAGAAAUUUCUGGAAGACUUUGCACGUUUUGAGGAGUGGCUGGCCACUUCAGAGAAAACUGCAGCUUUGCCCAACUCAUCUGGUGUGCUGUACACAGUAGCCAAGGAGGAGCUGAAGAAAUUUGAGGCCUUCCAGAGACAAGUUCACGAAAGCCUGACCCAGCUGGAAUUAAUCAACAAGCAAUAUCGCCGCCUGGCCAGAGAAAACCGCACAGACGCCUCGUGUCGUCUGAGGGAAAUGGCUCACGAUGCCAAUCAGCGAUGGGACAACCUGCAGAAAAGGGUGGCAUCCAUCCUUCGCAGGCUCAAGCACUUUAUAAAUCAGAGAGAGGAGUUUGAGACGGCCAGAGAUGGCAUCUUAGUUUGGUUGACAGAGAUGGACCUUCAGCUGACGAACAUCGAGCAUUUCUCAGAGUGUGACAUUCAAGCCAAGAUCAAACAACUCAGGUCGUUCCAGCAGGAGAUUUCUCUGACAACAGCCAAGAUCGAGCACAUCUUCCACCAGGGGGAGGCACUGAUAGAGAAAAGUGAGCCUCUGGAUGCUGCGGUCAUAGAGGAAGAGCUGGAGGAGCUUCAGCGUUACUGUCAGGAAGUGUUUGGGCGAGUCGAGCGCUACUACAAAAAGCUCAUUCGUCUUCCACUUGCAGACGAUGAUACUGAAGUAUCGUUCUCGGACCGCGAGCUGGAGCUGGACGAACCUGGAGAUUUGUCCAGCUUGCCGUGGAAUGAACGUUUGGGGGAUGGCUUCCUUUCACCCCUGCCGUCCUCCGGGCGCUCGGCCUCGCUGGCCGCCCAGCUUCGGGCCGAACGGUCCGGCAGGGACACGCCUGCGAGCGUGGACUCCAUCCCCCUGGAGUGGGACCACGACUAUGACCUGAGCCGUGGCCUUGAGAGUGCCAGCAGAGCCCUGAGAGAGCAGCAGAGCGAGGAGGGAGACUUCCUGCAGCGCCCCGUCUCUGGCCUGUCAGAUGUAGUGAUUCCAGAGAGCCCUGAGGCCUUUGUUAAGCUAACAGAGCAAACUCUGAGGUCCUCCACUGGAGAGGCUGCCUCAGCAGAUUCUCAUAUGCGUCCCUUUGAUGUCAGUGGUUCCCACCUGCAGCAGUUGGACAGCAGUCGCAGCCGCACUCCUUUAAGCACAGAAACGGAUGCAUCAUACAUGGGCUACAUGCGACUGCUGGGUGAGUGUCGUGGCAGCAUUGACACGGUGAAGAGGAUGGGCUCCGAGCUGAAAGAGGAAGAGGAUGCCGUGUCUGGGCUGGCAGACCCAAGCAGCUCAGAGUCCCAGACUUCAGGUGUGAUUGAGCGCUGGGAGUUCCUGCAGGCUCAGGAUCUCAGUAAGGAGAUGCGCUCCAAGCAGAACCAGCAACAGUGGCAGCAGCUGAACUCCGACCUGAAUAACAUCUGGACCUGGCUGGGGGAAACGGAGGAAGAGCUGGAGCAGCAGCGAAAAUUGGACGUCAGCACAGACAUCCAGAUAAUUGAGCUCCGCAUCAAAAAACUCAAGGAGCUGCAGAAGGCGUUUGACAAGCGCAAAGCCAUCGUACUUUCCAUCAACCUGUGCAGCGCUGAGUUCCUGCAGUCGGACACAGAGGAGUCCAGAGAGCUGCAGGCCAAACUGAAGGACAUGAACAACAGCUGGGACAAACUGGGCAGCUCUUUGGACGAAUGGAGGACUUUGCUACAGGAAGCUCUCAUGCAGUGUCAUGACUUUCAUGAAAUGAGUCACGGUCUGCUCCUCUGGUUGGAAAAUAUUGAUCGCCGAAGGAACGAGAUCGUCCCAAUCGACCCGAUCCAGGACAGCGAAACCCUUCAUGAGCAUCACAAGACACUCACGCAAAUCCGCCAGGAGUUACUGGACUCGCAGCUGAAAGUGGCGUCACUGCAGGACAUGUCGCUCCAGUUGCUGGUCAACUCUCAGGGCAGCGACUGCCUGGAGGCCAAGGAGAAGGUCCAUGUCAUCGGGAACCGCCUCAAGCUGCUGCUGAAGGAAGUGACCCGAGAUCUCAGAGAGCUCUCCAGGACUCUGGACAUCACCAGCAGCCAACAGGAUUUGUCUUCUUGGUCGUCUGCUGAUGAGUUGGACACGUCUGGCUCCCUCAGUCCGGUAUCAGGGAGGAGCACACCGAGUCGCUCACGAUCGCAACGGGGCAAAUGUAGUCUGUCACAGCCUGGACCGUCUGUGAGCAGUCCACACCACAGGUCUCGCAGCGCCGCUGGAUCCGCUUCCUGCCGUUCUGAUCGGGACGUGGCGACGGCUCGCAGGUCCUCGUUCUGGCGCCGCGUCCUCUGGUUCGCGCUGCCUCUCCAAAUCCUCCUGCUCCUGCUGGUGGUCCUCGCCUUCCUGCUGCCGCUGGCGGAGGAGGACUACUGCACCCAGUCCAACAACUUUGCUCAUUCCUUCUACCCGAUGCUCAGCUACACUAACGGACCGCCUCCCGUUUAGGGCGGCAAAGAGAACUCUCCGUAAUUUGGCUUCCGUGGGACAGGAAUGAGAAUCGUGCGCAGAAAAAUCUCUUCUUUUGUGUGUAGCUCAGAGGAUCGAGAAUCGCACUACGUUAAGAAAUGCUGCGUCAUUUCGAGGUGUGUUUUGGCUUAACUCGCGGUGGAGUUCUGCUGGACGAAUUUACGGGUCCUUCAUCGUGUAUUUUUCUGGAGAAGACUGUCAGUGGAAAGCACCAAAGUCAAACGCUGAAAGAUUAGCCUGGGGUGACAAAAAGGAACACGAAACAGCUUCAUUGCGUUUAUUUUUUUACCUGUAUUUUUGGGCAUGUAGUUUUAAUAUUUACUUUUCUUUACUUACAUCUACGACUGUGUUUGUGCUAAACUGUGUGACGUUUUUAACUUGAACUUACAUCCAUUCACGUUCGUCUGUCAAGUCAAGUGUUUUAUGAUUGGAUGCAAAUCGAGGGGUUUAACCUUUAACAUCAUGAUCUUUUUACAUUCUGCUUUUUAUUUUUUCAUAACAUCAGGUAUCUUAAAGAUCGAAACUAUGACACAUUGAACUAAUGUAUAUUUUGUAUGACUGUUGGUUGAGUAUAAAAUAUAUAAAAGUCCAGAAUUAUUUAACAUGUGUACAUAGUGCAGAAGAUUACUAUGAGAAAAGAUGUAUAUGCAACUACCAACAAUAAUGAAUGCCAAAUCCUCA